GCAAUUUAGAGCCGCGCGCCGGGCGGGAAUGUAAGAUGGCGGAGUAGCAACGCGAAGCGGUUAGCACUGAGUCUCUUGGCCGACUUCGGGUCCCGUCUCGGCAGCAGCAGUGAUCGCUGAGCGGAGAGUGCCUAGGGUAGUGAGCCAAGAUGCCGAAUAUUAAAAUCUUCAGCGGCAGCUCCCACCAGGACUUAUCCCAGAAAAUUGCUGACCGCCUGGGCCUGGAACUAGGCAAGGUGGUGACUAAGAAAUUCAGUAAUCAAGAGACCUGUGUGGAGAUUGGAGAAAGCGUACGUGGAGAGGAUGUCUACAUUCUUCAGAGUGGUUGUGGCGAAAUCAAUGACAAUCUAAUGGAGCUUUUGAUCAUGAUUAAUGCCUGCAAGAUUGCCUCAGCCAGCCGGGUUACUGCAGUCAUCCCAUGCUUCCCUUAUGCCCGACAGGAUAAAAAGGAUAAGAGCCGGGCUCCAAUCUCAGCCAAGCUGGUGGCAAAUAUGCUGUCUGUAGCAGGCGCGGAUCAUAUUAUCACCAUGGACCUACAUGCUUCUCAGAUUCAGGGCUUUUUUGAUAUCCCCGUGGACAAUUUGUAUGCAGAGCCGGCUGUCCUGAAAUGGAUAAGGGAGAACAUCUCUGAGUGGAGGAACUGUACUAUUGUCUCACCUGAUGCUGGUGGAGCGAAGAGAGUGACCUCCAUUGCAGACCGGUUGAACGUGGACUUCGCUCUGAUUCACAAAGAACGGAAGAAGGCUAACGAAGUAGACCGCAUGGUGCUGGUGGGAGACGUGAAGGACCGGGUGGCCAUCCUAGUGGAUGACAUGGCUGACACCUGUGGCACAAUCUGCCAUGCUGCUGACAAACUUCUCUCAGCUGGAGCCACCAGAGUUUAUGCAAUUUUGACUCACGGAAUCUUUUCUGGCCCAGCCAUUUCUCGCAUUAACAACGCAUGCUUUGAAGCAGUAGUUGUCACCAAUACCAUACCUCAAGAGGAUAAGAUGAAGCAUUGCUCCAAAAUACAGGUGAUCGACAUCUCCAUGAUCCUGGCAGAAGCCAUCAGGAGAACUCACAACGGGGAAUCCGUUUCCUACCUGUUCAGCCACGUCCCUUUAUAAUAGAGUAACCGCUGAGGCUUUUUACAAAGUGAACCCCACCCCCUUGUUUUCCCUUGGUAUUUGAUGACAAAUUCCACCGAAGGCCUGGCUUUCUAAACCCCUCAUCGGGUGUAUUAGCAUUUCUCCUAAAUGUAGAGAAAGACGGAUUGAGACAAACUGCUGUGAUUUCCACCCCCCACCCCCCACC